AUGACACCCGGGGCGGCUCACACCCACCGUACCCCCCCUUCCUAUGCCACUGUGCCCACCGCCCAGACACAACUUCUUGUUUUGCAGGCGGAGCUCUUGACGGUCGUCAACUCGCAGCAACUGAACAGUGCAAAUUCCAAGGCAAAAAGUACCGAUCUGAGGUCAACCGGUGGCAACAUCCCUUACUCACUGAGUGAAGACGAUGGGACAAUAUCCAGCUGCAGCUUCAUCAUCCUGCCCCAGAGGGGGCUGCCCCGGAUCCCCCCAGAGGACCCGCUGUCUCCAGACCAGACUUACUCAAACCUGACUUUCCAAAUCCGAGUCGAGGAUGUGCUGUAUGAAUCCAUGACGGCGUCGGAGGAAGUGAUGGAGGAACCGAGCCCUGUCACGAAGGAGGAGGAGGAGGAGGAGGAUGCUAAGGGGCAAGAGGACCGAGCAACAGGAGCCGAGUACGCCUGUGUUCUGAAAGGGAAGAAGAUGAAGGCCCACCAGCAGGCAGGGAUGGAGGCGGGGGCCUCUGAAGCAUCGCAGCAGGGAUCUCUAGCAACGACACCUCACGCUGCUCAAGCAGUGCAGGUAGAAGAAAUGUAUUCAGUGGUGCGCAAGGAGAGGAAGAAGGAGAAGAAGAAAAUCGAGGGCUGUGGUAGGCACAGUGGAGAGAGACCACCCCAAGGGGAGAUGAGCCUAGGAAAUGCCCUGGUGGCACCUGUCCAUCAGGAAUCAGAUGGCAGGGCAGGGCACCAGCCCUCACUGUUCCAGCCUCCCGCUAUUGAACCCUGCUAUGAGUCCGUUGGCUGUGAAUCGUGGUUGGGCAACGGCAUGAAGCCAAGCACAGAGCCAGCUUAUGAGGCUGUAGAUACUUACUGGGAAAACUCAAGGAGGAAAAGAAAGCCAAACAGGAACGCCCCAGCAGAAAACCUCUACGAAAGCAUCGAAAAUUUGGCAUUUCAGUUUCAGAAUCAAAACAUGCUAGCCCAUUUUGAAAUCUGACUCUUUGGUUUGGUUUACCUAUUCAAGCGGAUGUAAAUGAGUUAAGUGGACAUUGUUCAAAUGUUACUAAAUGCCGUUGCAUGCCAGCCCUCGGAAACCAUCAAACGCUGACUGCGGUUGCAUGUUAACUGGGAGAUGCCCCCGAAACGCUGAUUGCUGCAUGCCAGACACUGACAAGGGGCACCUCCA